AUGGGUUCUUGCUGCUCAUCAAAUAAAGUUAUAAAAGAAACUUAUGAUUAUUCUGAUGGUGGAGUGUAUUCUGGAGAUUUAAUGAAUGGUUUGCCAGUAUUUAUAAAUUUUAACUUAUCUUAGCAAGGAAAAGGUUAAAUUCGUUGGGAAAAUGGAUGUUUUUUUGAAGGACUUUUAUAGGAAGGCAGAAAAAAUGGAAGAGGAUUGUUUAGAUGGGCUGACGGUUCUUAUUAUGAUGGAGACUUUACAGAUGAGAAGUUUAAUGGUUAUGGAGAGUAUUAUUGGGCAGACGGGAAAGUCUACAAGGGUAAUUGGGUUGAUGGAGAUCUAAAUGGUGAAGGGAUAUUACAUUACAAAGAUGGAAGAAUUUAUAAAGGUACAUUAUUAUUAUAGUUUUUAAGGCAAUUUCACAAAUGAUAAAAGGGAUGGAUAAGGUGAAAUGAUUUGGCCCAGUGGUAGUAAAUACAUAGGAGGAUGGAAAAAGGGAAGAUAACAUGGUAAAGGAGAGUUGAUUGAUACUAAUGGCAAGAAAACUGAAGGUAUUUGGAAUAAAGGUAAAAAAUAGUGA